AUGACCGGGCCACCGUCCUCUUCCUACCCCGGCCAGGUCCCGCCGCCAGCCGCCGUGGUUUCGCCGGAAAACGAAGAGAAAAGCUCCGGUUUUGACAGAAAAUUCGCCGGCUUCGUUCUCCGUCGUCCGGCCGCCAUUUUUGGCGAUCAAGGAUCGUGUAGGAUUCGACGGAUCGUAAAAUGGAGUCCCGGAUACUCCGGAAAUGCCAACCCUGGGGUUAGGGUUUUAGUAACCGUCCGAUCGUGUGAUCGUGAGAAAUCCGACCGUCCGAUCUGGACCAAACUUGCAGGACAUAUGUCCUAG